AUGCUGAGUCAACGGACAGAGGAACUGGAAGAGUCUAUGGUUCGACGAAAUAGCGAGCUAGAGGAAUCUCUGAUCCUGCAUCUCGAUGAUUCCUUGAUUCAUCGAGCGGAGGCAAUGCAAAGGAAUCUCACCAUUCGUAUAGUUAAUUUCCGUAGAAAUGUAAUUCAGCCGCAAUUCGAUCAGAUCAAUAAGAGUCCUGCGAGUCGUGAUAAGGGUAUCACGCCGACGUUUCAGAAUGUUCAUGAGCGGUUUGAUCGUGUUGAUGCCAAUAUUAGUACGUUGGAGUUGGAUAUGAAGAGCGAGGUUUAUAAUAUGAACAAUGGCUUACUCGGAUGGAUGCCACGAUUGAUGGACUCGGUGCCAAGGUGGAUCGUUUGGAGGGUGGAUAGACUGGAAGCCAAGGUUGGUCAGUUGGAGUUAGGAUGGAUGUGGUCGAGACCAGAUCGAUAA